GCCGUAGGUUGCGGUCGGUUGGACUGCUUGGUUGCGAAUUUCGCCGCAUCUAGUAAUCGGUCGAUAUACUCACUGCUAGUAGUGGGAUGCGUGUUCGUGUUGUCAUCGCUCGUUCGGUUCCCGCGUAAAUACGAAAACUGCUUCCUUUCCACGGAAGCGUUUUGUCUGCCUUGCGGAUUUGUUAUCGUUCGUUCCGCUAGUCAUCAGGCAGAGUCAGUCAGUCAGUCGUGAGCACUGGAAUCGAGCGGGUGAAUGUAGAAUUUCGGGUUCGUGUUGACCGAUGGUGGCAAGUGGCUAGUUUCACUGGCUGGAUUGACUGCUGUUUGAUAGUGAAGAUUGGAUUAGAAUAAUUGUUUUCCUGUUGUUCCAGUGCCGCAUUAUAAAUCGGAAAAGUUCUGAUGAUGUGAUCUGUUUGAAAAACAAAGCCCUUGUGAGAUUGCAAUUAAAGCAGAAGCGCAAUUUAUUGUUCAGAAGUAAAAACCUGCCGUGGAUAGUUAAAUUAGUUUGAAGAAAGUGGUUAUCUUUAAAUCGUCAAUGGUGCCAAAAACCCCAAUCGAGACUGUCGGAGGCAGAUUGCGAGCAAAAUCAUUAAACAGAGUUGAAAGUCAGUUCAGCGAAAUCAUCUAUGGCUGGACUGUGAACUCGCAUAAUUGAAGCUAAUUCGAUACUGCCCAUAAACCGAAGCCAAUUAGUUCAACUAUCUUCGAUAGUACGAUGAUUCUCGUGGAUGAGUAAACCGAUUGGGCUCCCCUCGACGAAGUGCAGAAUAUUGUGAGAUAAUUGAAGAUUCCGGUGUUCCUCCCCCGGAAUACUAUUCUUCUCUAUACAAUACAUUCCGUCACGGAUUUGACUAUUCGCAGGAUGGCGGUGAAUGGUGAAGAAACAAAUUAAAAAGUUUCCUAAAUUACGUUUCAUACUAAAUCACCGUCAGCCGUCGACGGGGAAAUAAGAAAAAGUGUUCCUGUACUUUGGCGUUAUCGAACGAAUGACAAUCCAGCGGUCUGGCGAAUGGUUGUGAGCAGUCAAAAUUUCGGAAUUCCAGGAAAAAUGAUGUCAAAAAUGAUGAAAUCGGAGAAAACACAAUUAGAAGAUUUAGCGUACUAAGAAAAAGCUGCUGUUUCUGAGAAAGUUCCGGUCUCAGAUGUUGAUAUAAGAGGAAACAGCUUCCUGGCUCUAGGCAGGUGGUGGUGGUGGUAGGUAGUGAUUCUACAGUAAGAGAAAAAUUUCAGAGCUGCGGCUUGGGAAUAAAGUGGAAAAUGACUGCGAUGUUACGGAGCUGCGGUUGCUUCCAGCGUACCCGGCGCGGUUCAAGCAUCGAGGAUUCGUCUUCCUGCCGGUCGUCGGAGAUUGAACGCGGUGGUGAAAUUACACCGCAUAGUGGCAGUCUGCUGAAGCUGUUCACCUCGAAGGGCUGGUGCCGGCAGUGGCGAAAAACCGGUCGUGGCAUGAGCAUGACGAAGAUUGAACGAACCAUGAAAGCGGCCAUCCUCAUCCAGCGCUGGUAUCGGAGGUUUCUGGCACGGAUCGAAAUUCGCCGCCGCUAUACGUGGACCAUCUUCCAGAGCAUCGAAUAUGCCGGAGAGCAGGAUCAAGUUCGGCUAUAUAACUUUUUCAACGCACUACUAACGCACAUUCCCGAAACUGCUGGAAGACCGAUCGAUUCACGGGAAACUUCCCAAGCGUCAUCCACCGAAGCACUCGAUUUUAAAUUUUCGGACGAAUCGGACGACCUCGCCGACGAAGGCAUCACCGGCCCGGAACGAGGCUACCAGGGACCACACAUCAAGUUUCCUCUGGACAAGAAGGAACUGGAGGUGAUAAUCGAUCUGUUCCGAAAGAAGAAAAAUCGAUUGCACGCGAAGUACGUGGCCGGUAUUUUGCGGGAAGCGACCUCCAAACUGAAACGGUUAUCGAACUUGAAUCAGGCAUCGACGGCAAUCUCCAAGCAGGUCACCAUCUGCGGAGAUCUGCAUGGAAAGCUGGAUGACUUGCUGGUGGUUUUUCAUAAGAACGGUCUACCAUCCCCGGAGAACCCGUAUGUGUUCAACGGUGACUUCGUGGAUCGAGGUAAAAAAGGAUUGGAAGUAUUUCUGCUGCUACUAGCUACAUUCCUGGCGUUCCCGGGUGGAGUGUUCCUAAACCGAGGUAAUCAUGAAGAUACUGUCAUGAAUGUGCGGUACGGUUUCGUCCGGGAAGUUCACCAAAAGUAUAAACACAACGCGGAAAGACUGCUAAAGCUAAUCGACGAAGUUUACCGAUGGCUUCCCUUGGGUACCAUAGUUAACAACCGUGUGCUGGUGGUGCACGGCGGUAUCUCUGAUUCCACCGAUCUGGAUCUCAUCCGUAGCUUAGACCGUGGGAAGUACAUCUCACUUUUACGACCACCAAUCACGGAAAGUUCUGCUCCGGGAGCGGAAAUCAUCGACAAAGUGGAAUGGAAACAGGUUUUCGACAUCCUAUGGAGCGACCCGCAACACAACGAAGGCUGCCGACCAAACACGCUUCGAGGCGCCGGUACCUACUUCGGUCCGGAUGUGACCAACAAGUUCCUACAACGCUACAAGCUGCAGUAUCUGGUACGAUCGCACGAAUGCAAACCCGAUGGGCACGAAAUCAUGCACGGUGGAAAGGUUAUCACCAUAUUUUCCGCUUCCAACUAUUACGAAAUUGGCUCCAACAAAGGCGCCUACCUCAAGCUGGAUCCCCAGCUGGACACACAUUUCGUGAUGUAUACGGCGGCCGCAUCGAAGACGCGUAAACUGACCUUCCGGCAGCGGGUUGGACUGGUGGAGAGCUCGGCACUGAGGGAACUGGCGGCACGACUGCGGGAACGUCGCGUCGAGCUGGAACGCGAGUUUGUAUCCCGGGAUGUGGAGAAGUCUGGUACACUAACCAUUACCAAGUGGUGCGAAGCGAUGGAAAUGGCCACUAAUCUGGGUUUGCCGUGGCGGAUGCUCAAGGAUAAAUUGGCACCGGUUGAUAUUUCGCAAACCGCAACAACCACAACUGUCACCGAAGUUUGCUACCGCAAAACUCUUCAUCUGCUGGAUACGGACUCGUUUAAAUCCGCCCAAAAUGGCACCGCUUCGGUGGCAGAGUCACUCUACAAGAACAAAAGCAGCUUGGAGGCCAUCUUCCGAAUACUGGACAAGGACAAUUCCGGACAGAUUUCCCUGGAGGAAUUCGGUGAAGCUUGCGAGCUGUUGAAGAAGCAUUUUCCGCACAACACCCACGAGCAGCUGUUGGACAUGUGCAAAAUGAUGGACAUCAACAAGGAUGGCCUGGUCGACCUGAACGAGUUCCUGGAGACGUUCCGGUUGUGUGAAAGUGCCAAAGACCAGCUGCUCAGCAGCUUUCAGGAAUCGGCAACGGUGGCUGCGGCGGAGGAGAACGAUAUUAAGGGUAAGGAAGGAGGCUCCGGAUCGGGAAGCACACGACGGAAUGGUGAUGCCAAACGUAGUAGUAGUCGCAAACGAGAGAGUGGUAAAAAGAUUGACUCCUCUAAAACAGUGGAAGAUUCGGAAGAUUAUGAGGUUUAUGAAGCGAACGAGGGAAAUCCGGAUCCAAAGGAUCAAAAGAAGCGAACGGUGGUAUCGGCAACCAGUGCAAACGGUACGGUGACGAGUUUGGUAGCUUCGGGGGGGAAUCAGGAGUUGGGCGAUAAGACUUAAGCGAGUUAACAUGGUUAAUAUGGUAGUUGUUUUUUUUUUCUUUUCCCGUAUGAUCACGAAAGACGGCAUCUCGACUUUUGAUUGUGGUAAAAAUGAGCGGAAUGAAUUUUGCUGCUAGCACGUUUUCUGCAAUGCAUAAUUUUUUGGCUGAUCCUCGUGACUCGUGAGACACGGAUUUAGGUGUUUCUUUAUUAGCUUGUUUGCAGUCUACCAAAAAAAAAACUCUCUGUUGAUGAGUUUCUUUUACCGGAUUCAAAAAAAAUUCUUCUUGGACCGGAAAAAAUGUUUUAUUCUAUAUUCGGGGUUUGAUACCAUAGAUAACCGUUGAUCAAACCCACCAAGUUAUUGAUGAACAAAAUUUCUUUUUAAAAAGUUUACCUCAAAUGUGAACAGAGUAAAUUGCAUUGUUUCAUUUUUGGAGUUGUUCGCCAGUGCGAUUGUUGAAAACGUGUGAAUCCCAAAUGGUACAUGGUUGUUUCAGGGAAUUGUGAAAAAAAUCAGCUACUCUUGUAUUUGAACAAGUUUAUAUUUGUUGGGUAAUGUGAAUACCAAUGUUCAAUUUUUCACAAAGAAUCAAGGAUUGAAUGUGAUAGCUUGUUAUAUCUCGCAAAAAACAGCACUUUACUUUCUAACCUGCACUUGAUUGUCCCUCCAUUGUAAAUUCAAUUGACUAUGAAUUUGUUUUUCUUUGCCGGUCCAGUUUUUGCUUACAGGACGAGAGAAUGGCGACGGUUUGGAAAUAUUGUGCGACGAAGCGCACAACUGGAAUAGCCGCGAGCAGCUGGACAACACUAGGUGUGGUGAAAAGUAACCUUGGAAUAUGAGUUAAAAUUAAAUUAUAUAGAUUUAAAUUGGGUGUUCAGCCACAAGUGAUGACUUUUCAGCCCUAUUAAAUACAUGAUUUGGUUAUUACCAAGAAGACAUCAUUUGCUUCCGCAAUUCUGUGAUUUUUGUGUAGGGAAAAUUCUAAACCUACUUGUAUUGUGCAAUGGGGAAAAGGAACUUAUAUACUAACUUACUAACUAAUACAGAGAGCGAAUCGAUUCAAUUGAAGAUUGUCUCAAUUUUUGUCGGAAUUUGCUUAAAAUAUUAUGUGACAUUACAUCUAAUGGUUCUAUAUUUGUGAGUCUGUGUAACUCAUUUGUACUGAACCAGGAAGGACGCUUCGAAAUUGAAGCGUUUUCUUCCUGGUGGAACAACAACUUGACCAAAUUGGUACUACAUAAAGCAUGACUGGUCUGAAAAUUUGUUCAUAAAUUAACAAUUUGUUUUUUAGACAGAGCUUAGAAUUUCUGUUUAUAAGAGGAUAUAGAGAUAUAAUAUAUUUAUUUCACUUUGCCUGGAUUCUUUCAAUGUGAUCCUUGAAAGUGAGUUUUUUGUCAUACGUUAAACCUAAGUAUUUAGCUUGAUCAGACCAUGUCAAUUCCAAGCCAUUCAAUUUUAGAAUGUGAUUAUUGUUUGGUUUAAGAAAAGAAGCUCUUGGCUUAUGAGGAAAGAUAAUUAAUUGCGUUUUUGCUGCAUUUGGUUUAAUUUUCCAUUUUGACAGAUAAUCACUGAAAAUAUUUAAACUUCUUUGUAGGCGACUGCAGAUCACUCUUAGAUUUCUACCUGUGGCUAACAGACUUGUGUCGUCACAGAAUAGCGAUUUCUGACAACCAACGGGUAGAUUUGGAAGAUCAGAAGUGAAAAUAUUAUACAAGAUUAGAGCUACGCUCGAAUCCUGCGGAACACCUCGUACGGGUAGCAAUUCUGAUUUACAAUUCUAAUAGCUAACCUGAAGAGUACGAUCCAUUAAAUAAUUUUGAAUCAUUUUGAUCAAAUAAAUAGGAUACUGGAAAUCAGACUUUUUGCUAUUAAACCUUUGUGCCAAACACCGUCGAAUGCUUUUUCUAUGUCUAGAAGAGCAACUCCAAUGGAUAACCCAGAAGAUUUAUUUGAUUUUAUCAUGUUCGUUACUCUGAUAAGUUGAUGGGUAGUUCAUAACGAAAUCCAAACUGCUCUGGUAAAAAGAUUGAAUUCUAAUUUAUAUGAGACAUCAUUCUCAACAAGAAAUUUUUUUCGAAAAGUUUACUGAUAGAAGAAAGUAAGCUAAUUGGUCGAUAACUUGAUGUUUCUGCUGGGUUUUUAUCAGGUUUGAGGAUAGGAAUUACUUUAGCGUUUUUCCAUAUUUUUGAGAAGUAAGCUAAAGAAAAACACUUGUUGCACAUUUUAACCAAAAGUCUAAAGGCAACAUCGGGAAGGUUUUUCAAUAAGAAUUUGUAUUUUUAAGUUUCCCAAUGAUUGACUUCAGUUUAUCAAAAUUCGUCUCAAUAAUGUCAUUUGGUAAUAACACUUGAGUUGAAAUAUGAUCAUAUUUCAGUGAGACUUCAUUUUCAAUAGGACUCAUAACGUUUAAAUUAAAAUUGUGGACACUCUCGAACUGCUGAGCAAGUUUUUGAGCUUUUUCACCAUUCGUAAGAAGUAUUUGAUUUCCUUCCUUGAGAGCAGGAAUUGGUUUCUGAGGUUUCUUAAGAACCUUAGAAAGUUUCCAGAAAGGUUUAGAAUAUGGUUUAAUUUGUUCAACUUCUUUAGCGAAAUUUUCAUUUCGCAAAAGAGUAAAUCUAUGUUUAAUUUCUUUUUGUAAAUCCUUAACUAUGUUUUUCAUAGCAGGAUCACGAGAACGUUGAUAUUGUCGGCGACGAACAUUCUUCAACCGAAUGAGCAGUUGAAGAUUGUCAUCGAUGAUAGGAGAAUAGAAUUUAGUUUGAGUUUUGGGAACUGAGAGAUUUCUAGCUUCGAUAAUGUAACGAUUCAAAUUAUCUAUUGCUGUGUCGAUGUCCGCAGAAUUUUCUAAAAUAGUUUCAUGAUCCACAUGAUUUUCAAUGUGAUAUCUAUAUUUAAACCAAUUGCCUCUAUGAUAGUUGAUUAUAGAACUAAUUGGAUUAAUUAUAGCUUCGUUGGAAACUCUGAAUGUUACAGGAAAAUGAUCUGAGUCAAAGCCAGCAUGUGUAAUCGGUUUGCUACAAAUGUUGCUUUGAUCUGUUAGAACCAGAUCCAUUAUAGACGGGUUUUUCACGGAAGAGAAGCAAAUCGGAUUACUGGGAUGAAGAACUGUGAAGUAACCAGCUGAGAGUUGAUUAUGAAGUAUUUUACCAUUACUGCUAUUCUGUCUACAAUUCCACUGGGCAUGCUUAGCAUUUAAGUCCCCUAUUAAGAAAAAUGUCGAUCGAUAUCUUGUGAGUUUUUGCAAAUCGCCUUUAAAGAAAUUUAAUUGUUCACCGGUGCAUUGGAAUGGCAAAUAUGCUCCGACAAUGAAAUAAAUUCCAUGAAUGGUUUCAACUUCGAUUCCCAAGCUUCCAAUAACUUUAGUGUUGAAAGAAGGUAAAAUUCUAUGUUUAAUUUGCGUUGGACAAAAUUGGAAACCCCACCACCCAUUCCAGUAAACCUGUCAAAUCGAUGAACCACAUAAUGUGGAUUACUUUUCAAUUUGACAUUAGGUUUAAGAAAAGUUUCUGUCACAAUGGCAAUAUGAAUUUUGUGAACUUUGAGAAAAUUAUAAAAUUCAUCUUCACUCGAUUUCAAAGAUCGAGAAUUUUAAUUUAAAAUAUUCAAAUAAUUAUUUAACAUCACUGUUAAAUUGUAAAUUCAUUAUAAUAUUAUUUGCAAAUUGCCAUCCGAUUUGAAAUUUAAAAAAGUGAUGAAGUUGAAUUCAUUCGGAUGAUCAUUUGAAAAAGUUGAUCUUGUAGAUAGAUCAUUUUAUUUUUCGUUAUAUCGCCUAAAUCGACUUCGUUUAAAGAAGCGAAUGGCAUUGAAGGAAUAUUGGUAGGUAGAUGUCUACUUGUUACACCAGUGUAACUGCCAUUAGAAGAAGAUUACUUGGCCGAUCUACCUAUUAAUAAAUUGUUUUCGUUAGAAGGUGAACUGGAAGGCGUUCCUGUAAUUUGAUUGUUUACAUUAGAAGAAUUAAGUGUUACCAAAGCGUAACUGUCAUUAGAAGAAGAUGAUGACGAGGUCGAUCUACAUGUCAAUAAACUGUUUUCGUUAGAAGACGAAUUGGAAGGUGUACCUGCUUUUGUUUUAAAUUUGAAGAAAAUAAGUGUAUUAGAAGAGAAAGACGUGGCAUUUGUAACGGUUUUUUGAUUUUCAGUUAUGUUCUGUUAAUUUAAGGUCGUUGAUUUGACUUGUUGUCUAAGCGAGCGAGCGUUUAUAAUUUUUUCCCUGACAGAACAUUUCAAAUAAUUGGAUUUAUGAUUUCCAUCGCAAUUUGAACAUGAAAAUUUAUCAGUGGUUUCAUUCAUUGGACAAACGUCUUUCGAAUGCGAUUUACCACAAUUCAAACACCGUAUAUCCAUAUGACAAUUUUUGGUUCCAUGGCCGAAGCCUUGGCAACGACGACAUUGCGUUAAGUUUGCAAUACGAUUAUGCCGUUUAUAAUGUUCCCAAUGAAUUUUAAUGUGGGAAAUGAAAUGUACUUUUUCUAAAGUUUUCAAAUUGUUUACGUCACUUCGAUUGUAGUGUAUUAGGUAAAGUUCAUGGGAAAUUCCAGAGCGUGGUUUAGAAGUACCAUUCGCUCUUUUUUUCAUAAGCAUUACUUGCGAAGGGGCAAAACCAAGCAAUUCUUUUAGUUCAUUUUUAAUUUCAACGGUACUUUGAUCAUUCGAUAAGCCUUUCAAGAUAGCCUUGGAGGGUCUGUCUGAUUUUAUAUCAUAUGAAUAAAAUUUUUGAAGUUUCUCGGACAAAUAUCGAAUAAGACGUUCGUAAUCUUCCAAUCCAUCAACCAAGACUCGACAUUCUCCUCUUCGUCCGAUUUAAAAUGAGACUUUUACUUCCGGGAGAAAAGUAGAAAGCUCAGUACGGAAUGCUUUGAAGUCGGAAAUCAUCACCGUCACUGGUGGCAUAGAUUGUUGUUUCUUCCCAGAACGACAAGCGUCCAUUUUGGGAAUUUUUGAAGAAUUUUCUUCUAUGUCGCUACAAUCGGAUUCAUGAAGAAUCUCGUAAAUAUUGUUAGACGGCAUAGAAUCAACGGAAGGGAAAUCCGUCCGUUGUCUUUUAUUUUUACAUUCAGAUUCUAUAAGAUCGUGAAUGUUAUUAGAAAAAUGUUGAAUAACGGAUUGUGAUUUAUUCCGUAUUGAAUUAUUUUUAGCUUUAGACUUGUUGCCUUUCCGGUUGGACGCUUCCUAGUUUGGUUAAGUCUUGAUAAAGACUGAUUUUGUGGUAGUCUUUAUAAAGACUGACUAGUUCGAAGAAUAUUUCUUUGGAUGGAAAGGCUGAUUAAUUUCUAAGUCUUGAAAAAGACUGAUUAUAUUAGAAUAUCACUCAUUGUAUAACCUUGAGAAAGGCUGACUAAUUGUUAGUCUUUAAAAAGACUGUUAGUGAUUCAGGUAGCCUUGAAAAAGACUGAAGCCUUGAAUCAAUGAAACUCUAGGUAGCCAGAAAAAAUUUCCAGGAGCCAAGAGCUAUACGCGAGCGGUGCGAACGACUGUUCAACACCGACUGAUGUGGUCCCCUUUUAUGAAGACACUUAUUCAAGAGAUUUUUCAACGGCUUGAUCCCGUUGAAAAAGUAAUUUCUUCUGAAAUACUCUUCCGCAACGUAGAUGAUUUCUUCGCCUGAGCCGAGUUUUCUAUCUUUUCUAUCUUUUGCGGUUCUACUGAGGACAGAUAAUUAUCCUAGAGAGCCAAAUUGAGCAAAUAAGGUGUAUGGGGAAUUAAUUGAAACUAUAAAUCGUUGAUUUUAGUCAUAGUUGCGAUGCUCUCGUCUCACGCAAAGACGCCCGAAAGCUAAUCAGCUGUGAAUUUAUCAGUAUUCAAAAUUCUGAAUACACAUUUGUGUUUUUUACGCGAGUUUCCGAAAUUACGCUGUUUUUUAUGCAGAUUACAGAAAGUUUUCAAAGUUGUGCGGUUUUCUUGUUUUGACAUGGCAAUGCACGAAGCGUCGAGAUCUUGUGUUAUCCGAAGUUUCAUCUCUUUGACACUUAGAAAGUUUUCGAUUUUUUUCAAAGGAAUUUUUUUCGAGAUUACAUCACAUCUGUGGUUCGUUUCAUGGAAAUUUUUCCAGCAAAUUUGAGUCGAGAUAACCCCAUGUUGAUGUUUCUGAAUGUCUCGGUUUUGCAUCUGCUUCGGCGUAAGCCAAAUAUCAAGCCUAAAAAAGUUACGCGGAGCAUUACCUAAAAAAAUGGAACGGUAACUUCGAGCUACCAUUUGUUCAGUUGUUACUUGAAGACAAACAUUAGAAAAGGUCCCAAGUGCAAAUGAUAGUUUCUCUCUGUUUUCUUUUUCUUUCGGUUAUUACGGUCCGAGAAAGUAAACAAAGAAAAACUGUCAUUUGCACUUGGGACCUUUUCUAAUGUUCAUUGAGACUUUACCAAUUUCGAAAAAUUUCGAGUUUCGUGAAGUUUGUAGUUUGAUUUAAGUAUAUUAGUAUUGACGAUCGGUUAAGAAAAACCAAUGAAAAUGUGAUUUUUCCAUUCCAAGUUUUUUUUCCAAGCUCAAAAUAUGCCCUGUCUGCAUUCAUAUGACACCAGCGUCGCGAAUAGAAUAUCGCGAACUUCAAUUUUACCGAGUCAUAACUUUGCUGUCAGUCAACCGAUUUUCGACAUUUGUUCACCAUUGGAAAGGUCCCAAAUUAAAACGCACUAAAACAAGCGGAAAAUAGAGUUGUAUACCCAGAGAUAUAGUGAAAAGAUGUAGAUAGAUGACCUCAGGAAACAUGUGACUUUUUACAAUGAUAUUUUUAGUGAUACCAGCUACAAUUUGUGUUUAACUAACAUAAACCUUAUAAAUCGGUGAACUUAAAAAUGUACACCCUUAAAAUUUCUUGCUGAAUCUCGGCAAAAAAAUGCCGAGAUUUGCACAGCCGAGUGCUCGGUUAUCGUCUCGGCAAAAAGUAUAAUUACUGAGAAUCUCGGCAAUCCAAAAUUUGUCAACUGUCAAUUAUUGCCGAACUUGUCAGCAGAAAUUUUGCUGUCAGCUCGGCAAAAGUUAUCAGGAAGGAAUCAUGAAAUGCCGAGUCAUCAGUAAUCGAAAAAAGGAAAGAUAUUUUUAUUUUUGUAUGAAAUUACUAUCACAAAAGCUAAUGUUGGUGAAAGGAAUAUUUUAUUGAUGUUCAUUUCAAUUCAGCAAACCAAAAAAGCGCAAACAUCAAACGAAAACAUCACGGCUAAAGACAAUUGUUUCUAGUGCUCCUCACGCCUUUACAUGUAAAUAAGCGGAUAUAAAUAUAUAUGCAAAUUAGAUAGUUUUCGAUUUUACUUAUCUUUUAACAAAAUAUACAAAUCUUUUUCCUUCAUCCAAUUUAGAUGUUUUCCAGUUCCACGAGCAAUGGCGACGUGAUGCUUGGAAAAUCGAAAGGAAACAUUAGAUGACAAGUGUCUCACCGAGUUUCAGUAAAAGCUAAGUCGCUGUUCAAAAUCUCGGCAAACGGUUUUGCUGAUCUCGGUAUAUUUGUUGUUUACUGACACGUUCAGUAUAAUAUUUUGCCAAACUUCAGCAAAAGAGCUCGUUUUACCGAGAUAUCAGCAUAGAACUUUAACGAUUUUCGGAAAAGAGCAUGUUAAUUACUGAAUAGUCAGUAAAAUUAAGUGUUGCCGAUAUAAUUCGGCAUUUCAUUAUGCCGAGCUCGAGAAUCGGUUUUAAGUGUGUAUAUAAAUAUUACAAUUUUUCCACCUGUUUGUGUAUAAAUCAAAACAAAAAAAUGUAUUAUAGCGAUGACAUACAUUUUUUUGCUACAAAUUAUUGGAAUUAUUACCAGAACCAAUAUAUUGAUGAGCAAACUUAUACAUCCGUUCAAAUAAUCUCAAGAAAUUUGAUACAAAUACAAAACAAUUACUAUCAUCGGCUGCGAAGUCUGUUGAAACAGAAAGGCCAAAUUUCACAAAAUGGAUGUAAUGCCAAGACUUUGCUUCUUGUCAAUUGAUGGCCAAACAUAUAGCAGAAAACUCUGAAAAACGGUACUCACUUCGAUUUCUCCGAGAUAGUUAAACAGAUUUUCGCAAACUGGAGCUCAAUCGGAAGGUCUUAUACCGUCAUAAGUUGUUACUAAAUUUAAUCCAGAUCUGAAUUCCGAUUCCAGAACUAUAGGGUAAAGAGUGAUAAAAAGUCCUAAUUAAAAAUGACGAUGCAAAAAACCUAAGAAACCUGUGAAAUGAACUUGCAUUUAUGAGAUAAGCAUCAUUACACCGCUAGGUGAAUUAAAAACUUUUUUGUUUGCUUUGGUUUUGGUACAAGAAAAGGUGAUCAUAUAUUUUUGUCUUUUGAUUACUUUCCUCAAACAUUUCGGUACAUCAAUUUUUCCAUGGGAUUUCAGCAUUCAUCGGCAUUUACGUUCAAACAAAUGAGAUGCAUGGAAAUUAAAUAAAAGGAGCCCAAAAAAAAAACACUAUCCCAAAAAAACCAGUGACCACAUUUGACCGACUCGAGUCCAGCUCACGACCGCCGUGCGACGCAACGAGGCGAAAAUGUUCCUAGUGCUUGAGAUUUUCUUUGGUCCUCACUCAAGAGCUCGCUUGUCAACGUAACAACGUUAUUGCUUUUUCAAGUAAUGGAACCUCCCGUGAAUUGAUUACAUUGUCGAAUGGAGCGUUUCUAGCAGCUGGGGACGGAUUGAAAAUUUUCAAAUUAUUCGUUCUACUUCAAAAUGAGAUGUCGUCUUUCGCCUGUUUUACCGUCGUCCUUUUUUCCGCGACCAGUGAAAGUUACCGCCUAGUUUCUCGUUUUGUUUGGCAUCGUAUGCUUCUAAGCAAGUAUUAUUCAUUCCGUAUUAUACAGGGUUUUUUUUUUAUUUCUUGUAACACAGGUCGAAGUUAUAGGUUCAGUUUCUAACCGGAACAGAUGGAUACUUGAGAAUUGAGAGUCAAGUAUUUGAAACACUAUCCCGCAAGUAUCGCUAGAACGUACCCUGAACAAUAUCAAUCAUUGAUUUAUUAUAAAAAAUUCUGAAAUUGUGAAUCGUACAAAUUGCAAGAAACUUUUCUCUCGAAUAAUUGUUUACAUCUUUUUCUCCUAGAAAUAAUUAGUGUAAGACUAAUUCGUCCUAAACUGACAAAAAAGCUUUAAUUAGUAUGAUUUUCACUAAUUCCUUAGAUAAACUAAAUAUAUACAAUUAUAUCAAUUUCUGAAAAGUUGUUAUAAUCAAUCGAACAAAAGAUAAAAAUAUAAAUAUACUAAACCAAGAUGAACCCUAUAAAUGGAACAGUGAACCGAUGGUUUCAAAACCAACAAACUCCUCAAUGUUUUUUUCUCCAUUUUUUCACUUUACCGGGCAACUAACUACUAACAUACAUUUAGAACAACAGUUUAAGCAACACAUGGCCAACUAACUACUUGUACCAUUGGAAGUUUUAGAAAUCUUUAACGUCGUCCUUCGAAAUUUUACGCUAUUAAAAUCAAUUCUAGUACAGAACUAAAUACCCAUACAUACUCAAAACAAAACAAAAACAAAUCAACAUGCACCACUUUUUUGAUCUCGUUGUUUGAUAAAGCUAAAAUAUUUAAGCGAAAUUCAAUAGCAUAGCAACAUACAUGAAUAAAUGAAACACUGCGUAUUGAUAAAUGGUAACUGUUUUAUAACAAUAUUUGAUAUUCUACUAACAAUGCAUGGCCAAACUUCGUCUAAGCUAAAUGUAACCGAUCGAAGGAACAAAAGAAGCAGAAUCAAACCUGAAAAUGCAUUUGCUGGAUUUGAGCCCACCCAACCUUAGUUUGAUCAGUUCCAAACUAGGUCCUUUGUUACCCAGUUCAUUGUUGAAAAGACUAUCCCUACGCCUACGGCUGCUUUUGAUUGCGUUUCCAGAACAGUUUUGCCCGAACAUAGCCCGAGCAUGGCAGUAGAUUUAUACCGUUUUCAUUUUUGAACCUACACGCGAGCGACUCUAACUCCGAGUAAAACGAACACGUGGUACGCGCCCUAAACAACUCAUAUAAAAAUAAAAAAUGAAUAAACUCGCAUGAAUGCGUGGUGCGACCUGAAAAAAAUUUCAGAGCGAAACUACGCGAUUAGAGUCCGAUCUAGAGCGACCCCAGGUUGCUAAAACCAACAUAUCAAAAGUUGUUUGGGUGACAUAAAUCAAAUAAACAUAGAUUUCCCAUUGUACGGAGACACUAACAGCGCUUCUAGUGAGAAACGGGUGCACUUUUUUCCAUUAGCACCUGUGGUUGUGUUAAAUGCGCAGGCAAUUUUGUACAUGCAUUUUAAGAUCAUUUACGCACCCAUUCUACACCAGACGGCGCUUUUGAUGUCACGGGUUGCUCAACUACAGUACUAUUACACUGGGGAGUCUAGGUUUAUUUUAUUUAUGCUCUGGGUCAGCUCUCGGGCUGCUCUGAUCAAUAAACGAAAACGGUAUUAGUAACAUUUUACAACAACCCACAACAUGCCUAACCUUGGAUGUAUUUUGCCUACAAUGACAUUAUUAGCAAAGCUGCUUUUUUUUUCUGGCGAAGCGCUUUUACAAAUACAAGAACCAAUAAACUUUUUAGGAUGGAGAUAACCAAAAACAAAACAAGAGAUAUGAUACGGAGCGGUACAGUUUUCUAUGCAACGUUAAUGAAAGAAAGAGAAAAAAAAAACAUUUUCCUAUCUCGUGUUUCGACUAAACGAAUGGUAUUAUAAUUAUUGAUAAAAUGACAAGCAAACAAAUCGCUGUUUUUUGUGACGACGUUAUCCUAACAAAAAGAUAAAAUCGAAUCAGCAAAUAAAACCGAUAAAGAUA